AAACAACAUCGAUCAUCAUCAAUGUUAUUAUUACUUGUUUGUUGGCGUACAUAUAAAAAAUCAUUAAUAUUUGGUGCUAUAAUUAAAAUUUUAUCCGAUCUAUCCAGUUUGAUUGGACCAUUAUCAAUUGGUUUAAUUUUGGAUGAUAUUAGCCGACAACAACAACAACAAUCGAAUCCAACAUUACAACCAAAUUCUACAAUCGAAUUCAUAUCGAAUGCAUAUGUUUUAGCUGUUAUUGUUUUAUUUGCAACAUUUCUUCAAUCAACAUUAUCAAAUAAUUUUAAUCAUUUGGUUAUUAGUGAAGGAAUACGAUUGAAAAGUGCACUUAGUUGCUGUAUCUAUCAAAAAGCAUUGAAUAUACCUGUAAAUAAUAAUAAUAAUAAUAAUAAUGGUAAUGGUGAUAAUGAAAUUUCUGGUGGUCAAAUUUAUAAUCAUUUAACAAUGGAUACAACAAAUAUAUUUCAAUUUUUUACAAUGAUGCAUUAUUUAUGGUCGGUACCGAUAAAAAUUAUUAUUUUAUUAAUAUUAUUAUAUCGGCAAAUGGGUAUCAGUACUAUUUAUGGUUCGAUAAUAUUUUUUAUUAUAUCACCAUUUCAGUAUUAUUGUUCAAGAAAAAUUUCAUCCAUACAAAAAUUACAAUUGAACAUAUCGGAUAAACGUGUAAAUAAAACCAAUGAAUUAUUUAUGGGUAUUAAAUUAUUAAAAUUAAUGGGAUGGGAAUUAUCAUUUUCGAAACAGGUGAAAAAAUUUCGUCAAAUUGAAUUGGAUUAUCUGAAACGUGAUGCUAUUUUUGUUGCUAUUAAUACAUUCAAUACACAAGCAUCGGCUAUAUUGGCUACAAUGAUAACAUUUACAAUGUAUCCAUAUAUUGAAGAUCAACCAUUAAAAGCAUCAACCGUAUUUACAAGUAUAGCAUUAUUUAAUCAAAUAACAGUACCAUUAUAUAUUGUACCAUUAGUUAUACCAAUGUUAAUUAGUGCUAUUGUUAGUAAUCGAAGAUUAACAAAUUAUUUUUCUAUGCGUAAUAUUCAAUCAAAUAUAAUCGAAUGGAAUGAUCAACAAUCAAUUUAUUAUAAUAAUGAUUUAUCAAUGAUGGAUGCACCACGUUCGGCACCAAUUCUUCAAUCAGAAUUAUCAUCAUCAUCAUCAUUGACAAUGAAUAAUACAAAAUUUUUACAUCGUACAUUGGAUCGAUGUUUAUCGGUUGCAUCAAGUUAUCGUCCAUUAUCAAAACAAAAUCAACAGUUUGAAAAUUUUUGUUGCUACAUUAAAAAUGGAAAAUUUAUCUGGUAUGAUGAUGAUGAAGCAAUUCGAGCAAAUAUCAAAAACCCGGACAGUAUUGAAUGUACAUUAUCCGAUAUUAAUGUUCGAUUUCCACGUAAUCGUUUAACAAUUUUAGUCGGUUCGAUUGGUAGUGGAAAAUCAACCCUUUUGGCCAGUAUGAUUGGUGAAACAUAUAAAGCUAAUGGUGAAAUACAUUGGUUAGAGGAAAAUCGUAUUAGUUUUGGUUAUGUUCCAUCAAUGGCAUGGAUAUUGAAUAUAUCUUUACGUGAUAAUAUAAUAUUUGGUCGUACAUUCGAAACGAAACGUUAUGAUGAAGUUAUUUGUGCUUGUUGUUUAAAAGCUGAUAUUGAUCUAUUACCAUAUGGUGAUUUAACUAUAAUCGGUGAACGUGGUAUAACAUUAUCCGGUGGCCAACGACAACGUAUAGCAUUAGCACGUGCAUUAUAUUCAUCGGCAUCAACAUUAAUACUUGAUGAUUCACUUUCGGCAUUAGAUCCAAUUGUUGGUUAUUCAGUGUUUGAAAAUGCUAUAAUUGUAAGUAAUAAGCUUUUUUUCCCUAGGAAAUUGGCAAUAAAACAUCAAAAACGUACAGUAAUAUUAGCAACACAUCGUCAAGAAUUUCUAUCACGUAGUGAUUAUGUUAUUGUUAUGGAAUCCGGUACGGUUAAAAAUCAAGGAACAUUACAACAAGUUGAAAAAGAAAAUAAACCAUUUUUUUAUCAUCGUAAUGUUAUAAAAGAUAAAGAAAAUAUUGAACGUUUACAACAAAAACCGGAUACAUGUCGUACAACUGAAGAACGAAAAAAAUUAGUAAGAUAUUUUUCAAAAAAAGGUGAAUAUCGUAAUCGUGAACGAAGAAAUUGUAAAAAUAAUCAUCGAACACAUAAACAAGUUUAUAGACAAGCAAGUUGUGGUAUAACACCAACAUUACCAUGUCAUGAAUUGGAAAUUGAAUUAGAUGAUACAACAAAUGAUGAUGAUGAUGAUGAUGAUAAUAGAAAUGGUUUAAUCAAUAAUGAAACAAUAACCAAUCGAAGAAUAUUACGAAAAAAUUCAUUACAUCGUUUACAAUCUAAUGGAUCAUAUCAAUCAAAUAUAUCCAAUUCAUUUAAUAAUAAUGAUGAUAUUCAUUCAAAUUUAAUAAUCACACAUAAUCGUAUACCAUUACAAAGAUUUGUAUCAAGUGUUUCAAAUUAUUCAACUGGAAUUGUUGGUGAAUCACAACAACAAACAAAUUAUUUGAGCGCUGAUUCAACAAUCGAUAAUAAUCAUUCAUCAAUUCAAAUGGGAAAUUAUCAUAAAUUGGAUGAACAUGAUGAACUGGAUGUUGAUGUUGUUGAAUCAAAACAAAUCAAUGAUAAUGGUGAUAGUGAUAGUGAUGAUGAUGUAUUUGAAGAUGAAACAAAUUGUAUAACUGAAGAAUUACGACAAGAAAUAACAAAUUUUGAAACAAAUCAAUUAUUGAAUGAUAAUAAUAUUGGUUAUGAUAAUCGUCGAUUGAAUGAUGAUCCAAGGAAAAAUCAUAUUUCAAAAGAAAUUUUUUUAGCCUAUCUAAAAGUUCAUUCAUAUUCAUGUGUUUCAAUUGUUUUUAUAUUGGUUAUUUUAAAUCAAACAAUUCGUGUUGUUGCUGAUUUUUGGCUUACAAAUUGGACUAAUAAUGAUGAACAACACCAGCAACAACAACAACAACAUUAUCAUGAUGAUCAAGAUGAAUCAAACAAUGUUGGCCAUUAUAUACAAUCAUAUGUUUUAUUAUCAAUAAUAUCGGUAAUAAUAUCAUUGGCAACAAAUCUUUAUGCACAAUUAAUAACAAUUAAAGCAGCAAAACAAUUACAUGAUUUAUUAUUGGAUACACUUGUCCGUUGUCCAUUAAGAUUUUUUGAUCGUACACCGAUUGGUCGUAUUUUAAAUCGAUUUACAAAUGAUUUAAAUGUUAUCGAUAAGAAACUUCCAAUCGCCAUACCAGUAUUGUUAAGAUUUUUUUUCCUUUGUGCAUCGGCCAUUAUUGUUGAUGUUAUUAUUUGUCCAUAUUUUUCCAUAGCUAUUCUACCAAUGUUAGUACUUUAUUAUUAUUUGCAGAAAAUUUUCCGCUGUACAUCUCGACAAUUACAACGUUUGGAAUCAUCAUCAAAAUCACCAAUUAUAUCACAUUUUAAUCAAACUAUUGAUGGUCUAUCAACUAUUCGUGCAUUUCGUGAACAGAAAAUGUUUCAGGAAAAAUUUCAUCAAUAUCUUGAUGUAAAUAAUCUUUGUUUUUUAAUGGUUAAUUCGGCAAAUUGUUUUCUUGGCAUUCUAUUGGAUUAUUUUGGUGGUAUUAUAUUAUUUUUAGCAAUGAUAAUAUCAAUUACGGCUGCAUUUUUUUGGAAUGUUCAAUCAGCAUAUGUUGGUCUAUCAAUGACCUAUACAUUAUUAGUACCUGUUUAUCUAAAUUGGUUGGUAAGAAAUUUAGCACAAGUUGAAAUGAAUAUGCAUUCAGUUGAACGUAUUCAUUCGUAUAUCGGUUUGGAAAGAGAAAAAAGUUAAAUUUCCGAAAAUUGGCCAGAAAAUGGUCAAAUUGAAUUUCGUAAUGUUACAAUACGUUAUGGUGCUAAUCUUAAACCAAUUAUUCAUGAUGCUUGUUUACAAAUUCGACCUGGGGAAAAGAUUGGUAUUUGUGGUCGAACUGGCAGUGGAAAAUCAUCAUUAAUCGGUGCAAUGUUUCGUAUUAAUGAAAUAUGUAGUGGACAAAUAUUUAUCGAUAAUAUUGAUAUUACAAAUAUUUGUCCAUAUCGAUUAAGAAAACGUUUAUCAAUUAUACCACAAGAUUUAGUUAUAUUUACUGGUUCAAUACGUGAAAAUCUUGAUCCGGAUCGUGAACAUAAUGAUAAUGAAAUAUGGAAAAUUUUAAAAGAUUUUCAUUUAGAUAAAACAAUACAAUCAUUGGAUGAAGAAUUUAAUGAUGAACAAACUGUUAAACAACGUUUUUCAUCCGGUGAACGACAAUUACUUUGUUGUGCACGUGCAUUUCUUGUCGAUACAGCAAUCUUAUUGAUGGAUGAAUCAACAUCAUUAUUAGAUAUGAAAAGUGAACAAUUAGUAUUUGAAUAUAUAUUUCAAAGUCAACGUACGAUUAUUGCUAUUGUUCAUCAUUUACAACAAAUCAUACAUUUUGAUAAAAUUGCUGUUGUUAAUGAUGGCCGUAUUAUUGAAUUUGAUCAACCAAAUCGUUUAUUAUCAAAUACAAAAUCAAUGUUUUAUCAAUUAUAUCAUAAAACUAAUGAAAAUAGAUGA